GGCGUCCGCCGUGCUCUCAAGUCGCGACAUCUCCAGAUGAUUGCCCUCGGUGGUGUCAUUGGCCCUGGAACUUUCUAUGCCACUGGCUUUGCGCUGCAAUACGCUGGUCCAGUUGGCUCAUUGAUCGGCUACAUCAUCAUCGGUGUUGAUGUCUUCUUCGUCACGCAAUCCCUAGGCGAGAUGGCUACUCUCUUCCCAUUGACCGGUGCUUUCAACGAGUUCGCCGGACGAUUUGUGGAUCCUGCUCUCUCCUUUGCUCUUGGAUGGAAUUACUGGUACAUGUGGGGAACUAUCUUGGCAAAUGAAUACAACGGCGCUGCAUUGAUUCUAAGCUUUUGGACGGACAAGAUACCCAAUUACGGAUGGAUCUUGAUCUGCUGGGUGUUCUUCAUGGGGACAUCUCUUCUGGGAGUUUUGGUAUAUGGAGAGAUGGAGUUCUGGCUCGCUUCCUUCAAGUUUGCCGUGACUCUCAUUUUAUAUCUUGUUGCAAUCCUCAUCGAUACCGGCGCUAUUGGCGGCGACUACAUUGGCUUCCGUUACUGGAAAGACCCCGGUCCAUUCGCCAACGGCAUCAAUGGAUUCGGCAAGGUCCUGGUAUUGGCAGCCGUCAUGUACUCAGGCACCGAAGCCGUUGCCAUCACUGGCGGAGAAUCUCGAAACCCCAAGAAAGAUAUCCCCAAGGCCCUCAAGCAGACCUUCUGGCGUAUUCUCAUCGUGUACGUGGGAAUGGUCUUUUUCACCGGGUUGAUCGUUCCUUGGAACUCAGAGGCCUUGUUGAAUGCUGGCUCCAAGUCUGCAUCAUCUCCCUUCACCGUGGCACUGAACGCGGCAGGAUGGUCAGGGGCUGGGCAUCUAAUCAACGCAAUCAUCAUCGUCACACUUCUUUCAUCGAUCAAUUCGGCAAUUUACAUCGCCAGCCGUUGCAUCUUUGCUCAAGCCAAAGUCGGAAGAGCGCCAGCGUUCCUUGCAAAGACAACAUCGAACGGAACCCCCAUCAAUGCCGUCGUUUUUACUAAUUUGUUUGGCUUGAUUUCACUACUCAACAUCUCCGAGAAUGCUGGCAAUGUCUUCAACUACUUGCUGUCCAUUUCGGGCUCUGCUGCAUUCAUCGCAUGGGCAUUUAUCGGCUUGACGCACGCCCGUUUCCGUGCCGCGGUGGAUGCCCAGAAUAUGCCUGUUUCAUCACUCCCCUUCAAAUCGUGGGGGUAUCCAUAUGUGCCUUGGAUCAUAUUUGGCGCCAAUAUCUUCCUUGUUAUUAUUUCCGGUUACACGACGCUUUUGACUCCGUUUGACGUCAAGGGCUUUGUGUUCUCCUACCUCGUGAUUCCUCUCUUCAUUAUCUUAUAUGUUGGAUGGAAGGUAUACCACAAAACGAAGUGGGUUAAUCCUGCUGAAGCAGAUAUUACUAGUGGACGAAGGGAAUGGCUAGGAAGCUCAGAUGAAGAAGAGCCACGCCGUGACCUGUUCGCGAGGGUAAAGAAUGUUGUUGUCGGUUAAGAUGUUUGAGAGAGGUCUUUCUUUCUUACUGCCUCUCAUAGGCAAUCGUUUCCCCAUUUUAUCUAGUUAAAUGACCG